GUACUAAAAUUCGACAUUGGGUAUAUUAAUUAGAACAUUUUACCAAAUUUUAAAAAAAAUCCUGAAUUAACAAACUUUUAUAAAAACUUAGUAUCUGAUAUUAUUAUAAUAAAUAGGUAUCUGAUUUGUAAAAAUAACUUUCUUCUAUUUCAUAGUAAAUUAAAGAUGAACAAAUUAAAGAAAUUUAAUAUAUGAAAAUGGUUAAUGAAACAUUUCAAUUAGAAUAGAUUAAGUUUAAGGAUGCUACACCAGCUAUGAAGAAUAGAAUUGGUUUAAGAUGCAAGACUUUGAACUAAGAAUUAGAAGAUUUGAAAAACAAAAAAUUUGAUAAAAUUUGUUCAGAAUUUGGAUGUGGUCCUGACUUGACACAGAAAUUUUUAUAUUAAGAAUUCCAAGAGAAACCAUUUAAAGAAAAAGCAAAGGAAUUACUUGUUAGACAUAAAGAAUAUUUAAAUUUAACAUAAUAUUUAAGUACUCAUAUGAAAGAAGAAAAAAGAGAAUUGAUAGAAUACUUAAUUGGAAAACUUGAAAAAAGCAAAGCAAUUUAAAAUGAUUUAAAAGAAGGUAAAAAUAUUGAUUUUUCAAAAUUCUUUAUUUCUGAAUUCAAAGAAAUUACUGAAGAUUAAUUUCUUGGAAUUCCUAAGAUUGAAUAUUAGGCAAAAAUCCAAAGUAUGUUGGAUUAAGUGAAUUAAGCUUUGAAAGAAGAACAACUAUAUUAUAAAGUGGCUUCACUUGCAAAACCAAUCAUUUAAGUUAUUCCUGGAACAAAAUAAAUGCAGAAAGUUAAUCCAGCAGAUAUAUGCAAACAAUAUUUUGCCAGAUAUGAAGAAUUAUAGAAGUUUUUAUCAAAUUAAAAAAACUUAAGCUGGACUCCUUUACCAAUAUUUAAAUUAGAAUCAGAAAAUAGAGAAGUAUCAACUAUAAAUAAAGAUGUUCCAAAUGGUAUAUUAAGAAUUCAAUUUAAAAAUUUUGUAAAUGGAGAUAAGUUGUUAUUAUAAUAUGAAUUAAAUAUAGGAAAGUAAACUUAUUUUAAUUCUUAUUAGCUAACCAUAUCAAGGGAAAACUGAUUAAGCCGACAGUUAGGGUAGGUUAGGUUAUGCUUAAGAUAUAAAUCUAAAGGAUUUCAAGAAUGGUACAAAAGAAAUUCAUUUAUCUGUAAUUGAAAUUAAAGCAUUUAAAAAAGGAUGGAUAUCAAACGAUUUAAAAGGAUAAGGAAAGAUUUCAUUAAAUGAUUUGCUUGAUAUGUCUACAAUAGAAGGAGAUCUUCUCUUAAAUGAAAAGACAGUUUUACAAUAUUGUAUCAUGCUGAGAGAAUCAUUAAAUAAGAAAAAGACUGUAACGACAGCUUAAAUACUGAAAACAUACCCAAAAUUUGAUAAAACGAAUGGAAUGGAUUAGUACCUAGAAUAAAAAUUAAAAGAAAUACCUAAUGAACCAGUUCCUUAGUAAUAACAAAAGCCAGACAUCUAAUAAUAAUAAUAAUAAUAACAAUAAUAAUAACAAUAAUAAUAAUAAUAAAAGGAAGAAGAGGAAGCCUGUUAGGGUCCUUAAUUAUAGCCAGAUUAAUUAAUUGUAAUUAGUAGUAAUUUAAUUAGCUUUUAAAUCAUUAAGAGAAUGAUGAAGAAUUUUAGAAUGUUAAAAAAUUUGGAGAAAAAAUGCCAUAGUUACAAGAGGAAUUAUUGAAUCCUGAAAAUCCAUUAAGAGGAAGUGUCUUUUAUUUUUUAGUUUAAUAUUCACCAUUUUUACAAUAGAAAUCAGUUGAAUUAAAAAAGGACCCAUCUGAGAAAUUAUAAUAAAGAUUUGUUUAAAAAUUAUGGGAGGACUGCUUAAGAUAAUAAAAUAAAUUAAAAAACAAAUUAAUGAAUGAUAUGGAGAGUUAUUUUAAUGAUUUGUAAAAGAUUAUUAAAAAAGAUCAGUUGAUGAUAAAACUAUAUAAGUAGGCUUAAGCGCCAACUUGGGCUAAAUUUGUAGAAGGAAGAUUAGAAAUUGCAUUAUAAGAAGAAAAAGCAAUUUAAGAAUAAUUAUAAGCAGAAUGAUGUAUAAAUUU